AUGGAGAAGGAGGAGGUUGUUAUGCUCAUGGAGGCUCUCGAUCGCUCUUACAACAUGCUGAGGGACGUUAAAAACCAACUCAAAAGUCCAACUGAUUCAAAGGAGCAGUUGCCGGAAAAGUCCAUUAAGCCGUGCAUCUACAGAGUGCCUCCGAGAAUCCGAAAGGGUGCUGAAGAGGAGGAGUUCGAGCCAAAACUGGUGUCCUUGGGUCCAUAUCAUUUUGGCAAGCCUCACCUGGCCGCCUUCGAAGAUCACAAGGGCAAAUCCCUCCUUCACUGCCUCAGGAGAGCAAAGAAAGACUUAAAGGAGAUCGAAGAGGCAGUUAGGAAUAUAGUCACAGACCUUUACUAUUGUUAUGACAACCUUUCGGAUGGGUGGAAUAUUAAUAAUUCUCUUGAGAACUUUGUGGGGCUCAUGGUUGUUGACGGCUGCUUCUUGCUGGAGUUCAUUUGUGGCAUCUUUUCUAAACAAAAAUUGGAUAAUCCUGUUAUCCACUUUCUCGAGGAGUCUUAUAAGACCUUUGACGUUCAUAUGGACUCGGUGCUCUUGGAGAAUCAGCUUCCUUUCAGUCUUCUCCAGCCACUCCACGAAAUACUGCAUCCCGGACACACUUUUGAGGUAACACAUGCAUGA